CUCCUCCCCAUCUCCACACUCGCUCGUCGGUCUCGCCGGAUCAUCAUCCCCCGGAGCUCAGUUCUUUCUUCCUCUCUCUCUUUCUGAACACACACCUCACCUACGAGGGAGGCUACGGUGCCCACAAAUCCGUUGCGCCGCUCUCUGUCUCUCUCUCUAGUCCGUCCUCCCCAUUACUCCCUCCCUCCGCCAUAAAGGAAGAACAGAGCAGAGAGGCGGAAGCAGAGCCGAGAACACGGCGGCAGGGCAGAGAGUCAAGUGUCUUCCGGCUCUGCGAAGACUGUACCACCCGGGCGGCGCGGCCACCAUCACGCCCCUAGCUACUAGCUACUCCUCCGAGCAGCAGCAGCGGCGAACAGCGAAGCCCACUCCUGCUUCGAUUCAAUAGCACAGUAAAUUCCGUGGCCUCCCAUCCCCCGUUACAGCACCCCUGCAUUCACUGCUCAUCACUCCGCCCGCGAUCUCCAAAUCUUUUUCAGCUCCCCGCGGGAAAAAGAGCACAGCCCACCGCAGCCAGAGUGUGGGAGAGAGGGAGGAUGGUGCCGCGCGAGCAUGGCGGGGAGGAGUCCAUCGUGGCGGCCGGCAACGGCAAGGAGGAGGAGGUCGGGGUGAUGGGCGUCAGCGGCGCCGCCGACGGCGACGACGAGGAGCAGCACGGCGGCGGCAAGUUCAGCGUCACCAGCUUCCUCUGGCACGGAGGCUCCGUCUGGGACGCAUGGUUCAGCUGCGCAUCCAACCAGGUCGCCCAGGUGCUCCUGACGCUGCCCUACUCCUUCUCGCAGCUGGGCAUGGUCUCCGGCAUCGUCCUGCAGCUCUUCUACGGCUUCCUCGGCAGCUGGACCGCCUACCUCAUCAGCGUCCUCUACGUCGAGUACCGCUCCCGCAAGGAGAAGGAAGGGGUCAGCUUCAAGAACCACGUCAUACAGUGGUUCGAGGUGCUUGAUGGGCUGCUGGGCCCGUACUGGAAGGCGGCCGGCCUCGCCUUCAACUGCACGUUCCUGCUCUUCGGCACCGUCAUCCAGCUCAUCGCCUGCGCCAGUAACAUCUACUACAUCAACGACCGGCUGGACAAGCGGACAUGGACGUACAUCUUCGGCGCCUGCUGCGCCACCACCGUCUUCAUCCCAUCCUUCCACAACUACCGGAUCUGGUCCUUCCUGGGGCUCGGCAUGACCACCUACACUGCAUGGUACCUCACCAUCGCCGCGCUCGUUAACGGCCAGGUCGAGGGCGUCGCGCACACCGGGCCCAAGAAGCUCGUGCUCUACUUCACCGGCGCCACCAACAUCCUCUACACCUUCGGAGGGCACGCAGUCACUGUUGAGAUCAUGCACGCGAUGUGGAAGCCGGCCAAGUUCAAGUACAUCUACCUUCUUGCGACGCUGUACGUGUUCACGCUGACGCUGCCGUCGGCGUCGGCCAUGUACUGGGCGUACGGCGACCAGCUGCUGACCCACGCCAACGCGUUCGCGCUGCUGCCCAAGACGGCGUGGCGGGACGCGGCGGUGGUGCUGAUGCUCAUCCACCAGUUCAUCACCUUCGGCUUCGCGUGCACCCCGCUCUACUUCGUGUGGGAGAAGGUGAUCGGGAUGCACGACACCAAGAGCCUGUGCCUGCGCGCCCUGGCCAGGCUCCCCAUCGUCGUCCCCAUCUGGUUCCUCGCCAUCAUCUUCCCCUUCUUCGGGCCCAUCAACUCCGCCGUCGGCGCACUCCUCGUCAGCUUCACCGUCUACAUCAUCCCCUCCCUCGCGCACAUACUCACCUACCGCACCGCCUCCGCGCGAGCCAACGCGGCGGAGAAGCCACCGUUCUUCCUGCCGAGCUGGACGGCGAUGUUCAUGAUCAACGCCUUCAUCGUGGUGUGGGUGCUGGUGGUCGGAUUCGGGCUCGGCGGCUGGGCCAGCAUGGUCAACUUCGUGCGGCAGAUCGACACAUUCGGCCUCUUCGCCAAGUGCUACCAGUGCCCCAAGCCGCCCGUCAUCGCCGCGGCGCCGUCGCAGCACUAGGUCGAUCGUCGCGUGCAUGCAUGCCACCGGAGGGGACGAAGCAAAGGAGCUCGAUCAUCCCCUCUCCCGGCAGCACGGCGCAAGAACAACACCACCAGUAAUGUCGCUAGGUUUUGGUCGCCUUGUAAUAUACAAGCCUAGGGUGUCAGUCAGUGACAGUGAGUCACACCAUAGUAGAACAGGGCGCUUCAUGGGGUCGGUCCCUAGGACCUCGCCCCGGCCCGUCAGCCAGUUGCUUUCCCCAUCCCCGAUCGAUCCGUUGGUAAUGUUUGUGUUUGGCUUGCUCCUCCGAUAUGAGUAUAUGUGAUGGUCGUCGAUCAUGGCUUAUAAGACUUGCAGCUCAUGUGACAUUUCAUAUGACGAUGAUAUUAACAUAUAUCCUGUAGGGUUCUCUC